AGUUGAAGCAAAGUGCAUUUGCAACAGUGGCCCUGGUCCACAACUUGAACCGGCCAGCCCAUCAGAUUGAUCGAUGACGGUCCACCACGGUUGCGCCACAUUCGCCGACCAGAUAUAAGGGAAGCAGGAAGCGGUCGUUCUUUCUUGUCCUCCUACUUUUCCCCACUUCACCAGCUGAUAUAGUACUGCUCACAACGCUCAGUCAGCGCAACAACAACGCCUAGCGUCAUGUCCCCUGCCAGUGAUGCGGGUGCAUCGUCCACUCCGCUACGCCCAAAUUCACAAGUUCAUGAUUCUGGCCAACUGAAAUCUACCCCAAGCAGCCGCGGGGCUGCCACCAUCAGCGAGAACAUCGGCCUGGUCGGUGUGACUGUUAGGAAACUCAGCCCGUGGAUUGAACGGGACGUCGAGCAGACUAAGGAGUGCCCUGUAGAUUUUAUGCUACAAGCCCUCCUGCAGCGCGGUUCUUGCGCUCCCGAUACCAUACAGCCUAAGCUCCUGGAUCAAUGCCUCGAGGCAGUUCUUCCGGUUUGCAAUGGAACUGUGUCCACUGCACUGGGAAAUUCUUCGGAAAUCGCGACAAUCUUAAAUGACUACGGAAAGCCAGGAGUCGAAGACAAUUUCUACAGCCCUUUCAUAAAACUCACUAACAUCGCGCUCGCUUGUCUUGCAGAGACCAAAGUCGACGGAAUGUGUGAUGCUGACCCCGAUGUGGACAUGAUCUGUCAGAAGAACGAUAUGCCCAUGCAACAAACCCAUCAGACCCGGAAAUCAACGCGGAAGCCCGACCUCGUCAUGCUUCCUUUAAACAGCGCAUGCGCUCCCUUCGAGACAAAUAACAAGGACACUGCGAAGGGCGGCAAGAAGGACACAAAGAAGCGCGACAAGAAGGACGCUGAGAAGGGCGGUGAGAAGGACGCCAAGACGCGCGACGAGAAGCGCAAGGCUCACAUGGACAAGAAUGCCAUGGAAUCGCCGAAAAACCUCCCCUGGAAAGAUAUUCUCGCUUGCAUCGAGGUCAAGAGAGACGAGAGAAAGAGAAAGGUCCAAAUGACGGUGCCCAAUGAGCAUGUCGUGAAAGAUUAUGCGCCUACAACGCCAGAAUAUUUGUCAGUGAAUCAUCCCAAGGUUGAAGGCGCUUCGCAGACCCCGGCAACACAAUCACUGUCCGUCGCCGCAUUUCCACCUUCUGGUUCUACUACUGCGCGGCCUUCCAAGGGCAAGUCCAAGAAGCGCCCGUCCGAGGAUACUUUGGAAUCCGCCACGCGAAAAAAAAACAAGACAAACAGGAACGACGACCCGGAUGCCGAAGUAGAUGUGACCGUCCAGAUGGGUCUCUACGCCGCCGAAAUGUUUGCGGCCAAUCUUGGAGUCAAUCAUAUGCUGAAUUUUAUCGUCGUCGACGAUAUCAUCCGGAUCUGGUAUUAUGAUCGGCAAGGAAUCAUUCAAUGCUCAGGCAUCAACUUUCUUCAAGAUCUCCCGCGAUUCAUGGUGUUGUUGUAUGCUCUACAACGAUUCACGCUCGGGGAUUGGGGCCGAAACCAGGCCUUCCUGCCAUCUGAGGAGAAACAGUGUCACGAACUCCACAUCAAGGAUGAAAAUCUUGGAACGGUGGAUCUGCAGCUUCAGACCAGCGACCCAGCAAGAGUUAGGCACUAUGGGCUACAAGGACGCGCCACCAAUGUGGUCCCUGUCACUAGCGACACGCUCGCGAAGAAACACCCGCACAUCCCGAAAGAUGAGAUGGUAGCCAAGAUCUUUUGGGGAGAGGCAAGUCGCACUAGCGAGCCGGAAAUCUUGAAAAAGGUCAAGGAGAUCGCUGAGGUGAACCCCGACGUAAAAGACCAUAUUCCUGAGUUGCUCUGGCACUACACGUUCACGAAUCCGACAUCGGCCAUUCGAGAAGCGCUCGACAUGCAAGAACCCAAGAAGGGCAGUCGCGUGCUCUACAUUAUCGUAUUCCGCAAGCUUAAGCACAUUACGGAACUACACGGCAUUAAGUUUUUUGAUGUGUGGCAGCAGUGUAUCAAGUGCCAUGUUGCUCUGUGGAAGGGAGGGGUGUAUCACCGGGAUGUCAGCCCUGGAAACCUGAUGUGGUACGAGAAAGACGGGAAGCUCAUAGGCGUUUUGAAUGACUACGAUCUGUCCUCGUUGGCGAGCGACCUAGGCCCUCGGGGCAACGAACGCACGGGCACAGUGCCCUUUAUGGCACUCGAACUUCUCAAGGAAAAGGGUCAACGCGGCGAAGUCAAACAUCUGUAUCGCCACGAUCUGGAGUCGUUUGUGUGGGUUUUCAUCUGGGUUUGCUCCCGUUACAAGGAGGGAGUCCUGUUGAAAACAGAAUCGCGCCCUUUGGAUCAAUGGGCGACUCUGGACGCUGUGGAAUGUGGCUUGAAGAAGCUCGAUUUGAUAACCUACCCGGAAGAAUACUACCCCUCAGGUAUUGAUACAGAUAUGGGGGAUUUCUUUCUGGAUUGUACCGAUGAGCUUUAUGUACACAAUGGGGAUCGUCGAGCUGCUCGCCGCAUCCACCUAACGCAGCGAAGGGUAACCAAGCAAUCCAACGAUGAGGACCCGAAGGACGUUAGUUUUCUAGACAAGUUUACAACCAUGCAAAGCUGGCUCAAGCUCACUGAGCGCAGCAACCCUUCACAGUGAUUUCUGUAUCCUACACACGGUGUUCUGUGUAUCGACACUUGUAGCUUUUAGUUGUUUAUAGCAUCAACAAUUUGGGGGCCAGAUUAUCUAGGACGAACAGAAGGAACAUUACCUAUGAAUACAGGCCACUGCUAACUAUUUGCCAGUGGUGGCAGCGAUCUCAGACUCCCCGC